AUGCCAGUAGAACAUUCGCCUCCGAGAAAAAAUACACCUGAGCCAACGCAGUCUACGUCUCGUCAGCCGCCGCUUCCAGAGUCUCGUUCUACAUCGCGUCCAGGGUCUCAAGUAUCGUCACGCGCGUCAUCACCGGGUAUACAAGGUGGUAGAAUAAAUAUGGCAGAUUUAGCUCAAUUUAAAACCAACAGAAAAGUCAUCAAAGGUCAGUUAACGCGUAUUACUCGAGCAAUUACAGGGUUUACAGAUGGCGACAGCCUUGCGGAGGUGGAAGCGAGAGUACAAAAACUUCGCGAGUUAUGGGAUAAAUUCGACACAGCUCAGACGGGUAUCGAACAAUUCGAGGAGCCCGACCCUCAAAACGACGAACGCGCUAGCUUUGAGACCGCGUAUUUCAAAGCCGUAGCAUCGGCAAAACAAUUACUCGCUCCGCUUUCAGCUUCACAAGGCAGUAGUCAAUCUCGUGUCAGUAGAACGCAGUUAGUACAACAAGAUGGUCAAGAGUUAGUUGCUGGUUCAAGUAUCAAAUUGCCAACACUGAACCUUCCCAAAUUCGAUGGUCAUUACGCGCAAUGGCUACCGUUUCGUGACACGUUCGAAGCGCUUAUCGACAAAAACGAAAGUCUGUCAGACAUUCAAAAAUUCUACUAUUUACGAUCUUCUCUUCAAGGAGUCGCAAGUCAAGUAAUUCACUCGCUCGAGACCAGUGCAGCAAAUUACGUAGAAGCAUGGAAUCUCUUGAAAGCACGGUUCGAGAACAAACGAUUGUUAAUUCAUUAUCACGUUCAAGGACUCUUUGAAAUGGCUACGAUUCCCAAGGAAUCAGCCUCACAAUUACGAAAACUACUUGACGAUACGUUGAAACAUUUGAGAGCACUCAAGACACUCGGUCAACCCACAGAACAGUGGGACAGUCUGAUAAUUCACAUGAUGGCGUCAAAGCUCGAUCCUGUCACGAGACGGAAGUGGGAAACAAACAAUACGGCUCAAAACAUUCCAACGUUCGACGAACUGAGCGAAUUUUUGACUCAGCAUUGCGCGAUGCUAGAAACCUUGAACCCGUCGAAACAAUCGUCGGGCAAGAACACGAAAAAUUCAAAUCCUAACGUUAAAAAAGCAGAGGAAACGAUCUCGUGCAUAAGUAGCAAAAACGAAAGCGAAACAAAAACCAGCGAGACCAAAACUUGUCCCACGUGUCAGGGCAAUCAUUCGAUUUAUCAUUGCUCCACGUUCAAAGGUUACACAACACAAGAAAAAUGGAACGAAGUCAAGCGCAUAAAAGUUUGCUUCAAUUGCCUACGCUCUGAUCACACGUCGGACAAGUGUAGGUCAAGUAAUUGUAAAAAAUGUAACAAAAAACACAACACGUUGUUACACAUCGACGAGUUUUUUCCAAGAGGCAAUUCCGAGAACACGUCGAGUCAAAUUCGAGCUCACGGGUCUUCCGAACAAGUACCGAGUGUGCUGUCGAGCAUACAGCGACACAAGCCUCACGUAAUGUUAUCCACCGCGUUAAUUACGAUUUACGACAAAUUCGGAAACGCACACGUGUGUCGAGCAGUUCUUGACUCCGGGUCACAGUCUAACUUACUCACAAAGGCUUUGUACGAAAAAUUGCAAUUAAAAAAAUGCGACGAGAACGUCGCGCUGUCGGGUAUAAACUUGAGUCAAUCUCGAGUAAACGGGUCUAUAGACGCAACAAUCAAAUCGCGGAUAAACGAGUACAAAAACAUUAAUCUCGCCGAUCCAACUUUCAAUGUCCCAGGUAGAAUCGACGUAUUGCUGGGUGCUGGAGUGUUUUGGCAGCUUCUGUGCGUCGGUCAACACGUCGUGAGCCGCAAUCAACCGCUUCUGCACAAGACAAAAUUGGGAUGGAUCGUCAGUGGGAAUAUCGCGCCAACAUCGCAAAACAAGCACACGCAAAACUCACUGUGCUUUAUCACAACGGACACAAAUCUUCAAGAGCAGGUCGAAAGAUUUUGGAAAAUAGAAGAGUACAGUCCGUCGAGAAAAUUCUCCGACGAAGAAAAACGGUGCGAAGAGGAUUUUCGAGCGAACUACCGACGAGAUGAAGAAGGACGAUUUACCGUAGCGCUCUCGUUUCGUGACAGCAUUGAGCAGCUGGGCGAAUCUCGAGACAUAGCUCUCCGUCGUCUGUAUGCGAUCAAUCGAAAAUUGGAGAAACAGCCUCAACUGAAAGCCCAAUAUCACGACUUCAUGAACGAAUAUAUCACGCUCGGCCACAUGUCCGAGAUUCAAAGCAGCAACAAAGACAACGAAUCUCAUCGAUAUUAUAUUCCGCAUCAUGCCGUGCUGAAAGAAUCGAGCCUCACGACAAAGCUGCGUGUCGUCUUCGACGCCUCAUGCAAGACCUCGUCUGGAAAAUCGUUAAACGAUAUCCUCAGAGUCGGUCCGACAAUUCAACAAGAACUCUUUGCCAUCGUUACACGUUUUCGGCAGCAUCAACACGUCGUGACCGCCGAUAUAACCAAGAUGUAUAGGCAGGUAAACGUGCGUGACGAUCAUCGAGAUCUACAACGAAUCCUGUGGAGAUCCAACGUCGAGGAACCCGUCAAGGAAUACAGGCUCAAUACCGUGACUUACGGCACUGCAACAGCUCCGUUCCUCGCGAUAAGAAGUUUGCAACAAUUAGCGUACGACAAUGAACAGGAGCAUCCCGAAUGCAGCGAAAUUAUUUUGCGCGACUUCUACGUAGACGACUUGCUCACUGGAGGUGACGAUGUCGACAAGGUGAAAGCAAUAAAGGACGGAGUAAAUAAAAUAUUGCUCUCGGGAGGAUUCUCGCUUCGACAGUGGACGUCCAACACACCAAACAUAAUCGACACGAUCGACGAAGGAUGUCAGCGCAUCGACCGUCCCAUCGGCGACGAAGUCAAGACUCUCGGAUUAUUUUGGAAUCACACGAACGACACACUCCGAUACAAGGUCAACACGAUGGAUACAAAAAUGAAGGUCACGAAGCGAAGCGUACUAUCGCUGAUCUCACAGAUCUAUGAUCCACUUGGUCUCGUUGGUCCUGCGUGCAUCAAGGCAAAAAUCGUUUUACAACAACUGUGGAGAUUGAAGAUUGGCUGGGACGAGUCGUUACCGAGUGACUUGCACACGAUCUGGAGGUCGUAUUACAAUCAGCUCUCACGAAUCAACGAUAUCUCCAUUCCUCGCGUCGUCGUCUGCGCGAAUCCUGUGAAAAUCGAAUUACAUGGAUUCUGCGAUGCAUCGGAGAGCGCGUAUGGAGCAUGCGUAUACGUCAGAUCGUCAACAGGCGAUAAUGAACACGUCGUUGAGUUACUUUGCGCAAAAGCCAGAGUAGCUCCUCUCAAAACAGUAACUCUUCCCAAACUCGAGCUCUGCGGCGCAGUAUUGCUCGCGCGGCUUGUACAGAAAGUCACCGAAGCACUCACGCUCCCAAUCACCGACAAAUAUUAUUGGUGUGAUUCACAAGUCACACUAGGUUGGAUUGCGCGUGAAGCGUGCAACUGGAAAACGUUCGUCGCCAACAGAGUGGCCGAAAUCCAGGAACGGUCCGACAAAAAUAAUUGGCAUCACGUACGUUCGGAGGAUAAUCCUGCUGACGUAAUCUCGCGAGGAAUAAAUCCCGAUCAAUUACAAGACUGUAGCAUCUGGUGGAAUGGUCCGCAACGGUUAUCUCAGCCAACAGAUGCUCACGUAAACGACGAUGAAGAUGAGUUAGACGACGAAACCAUCAAGACGAUUGAGAACGAAUCGAAACCGACGAUGACGAGCUUAGCCACCGUUAUUCAAGACUUCAAGAUCUUCGAGCGAUAUUCGUCACUGCGGAAACUCACCAGAGUCGUCGCAUAUUGCAAACGCUUCGUAUACAACACAACGCACAGUGCCGAUCGAAAAGGCGGCCCACUGUCGGUCCAAGAAUUGCGCGAAGCCACGACAGCACUGAUAAAGCUCAGUCAAGCUCAAACUUUCGCUCAAGAACUCCAAACACUGAGCAAGAAACCACCGGUUCACCACGACAGCAAGCUCGCAUCACUCAACCCGUUCAUCGACGAAGCCGGCGUGAUCAGAGUAGGAGGCAGACUCCAAAACACUCGUCUUCCCUACGCACAGAAGUUUCCAGUCGUCCUCGCACCCAGCAGCGUCCUCACGAGACUUAUCAUUCGAGAUAUGCAUCUAAAAAACUUGCACGCCGGUCCGCAAGCUCUGUUGAAUUCUCUUAAUGAAACAUAUUGGAUACUUUCAGCGAGAUCUACCGUACGCAGUGUAUUGCAUAAAUGUAUAACUUGUUUUCGAUUACGUCCAAAGAAUUUGCAGCAAAUCAUGGGGAAUUUACCCUCGGUCCGCGUAAAUCCUGGUCGAGCCUUUCUCAACGUCGGCGUCGACUACGGGGGUCCUUUCAGUAUCAAACUCUCACGGAACAAAACUACGAAAGCGUAUUUGUGUCUUUUCGUUUGUCUCGUUACGCGCGCGAUCCAUCUCGAGUUAGCUUCAGAUUUAACAACUAACGCCUUUUUAAACGCGCUAAAGAGAUUUACUGCUCGUAGAGGAAAACCAGCCAAUAUUUACUCCGAUAAUGGAACAAACUUUACGGGAGCAAAUAACGAAUUAAAAGCACUCGCAACGGUACUUCAAGACAAAACCCAUCAACAAAAAAUUACAAAUUAUUCCUCAGAAUCUCAAAUACAGUGGCAUUUUAUACCCCCAUACUCGCCUCACAUGGGAGGAAUGUGGGAAGCCGGUAUAAAAUCUGCCAAGACGCAUUUAAAACGUGUUCUCGGAAACGCCCUGUUGACGUUUGAAGAAUUUUAUACGACAAUAUCUGAGAUCGAAGCAUGCUUAAAUUCGAGACCAAUCACGCCAAUGUCGAACGAUCCAUCCGAUCUCACUGCGUUGUCUCCGGGACAUUUUUUAAUUGGAGCUCCGUUGACGGCUCUUCCGCAUCCAAAUCUCCAAGAUCUCGCGACUAAUCGCCUCACUCGGUAUCAAGUAUUGACUCAAAUUCAACAACAUUUUUGGUCGCGUUGGAGUCGUGAAUACUUGACUCAGCUUCAAGCACGAACAAAGUGGAGAGACGAAAACGUUAACGAGUUACUCAAACCCGACACGCUUGUAAUUUUAAAAGACGAUAAAUUGCCGCCAUUACAAUGGAAACUAGGUCGUAUAACUGAAACUCACGCAGGUAAAGAUGGUCAUGUACGCGUUGUCAGUAUGAAAACGAGCAAUGGAAUCGUUCAACGCGGUUUGCCAAAAAUUUGUAUCUUGCCUAUUGAGACCUAA